CGCCCUCCCCGGACUUGGUGCUGACGCAUUGCUGGAGGCGGUGGCGGAAAUUGAGAACGGGACGCGCUUCUCCGUUGAGAGCUGGCAGGAAGCCGUCCUUGCCGCCCGCAUCCCAUAUUAUGGAGCUCCAAAUGAGGUGCAGUGGCGCACUUGCAAGGGCUCGUCCCCAAGCUAUCGCGGCUUUCCGUGUGGGAUGUGGCUUCUCUACCAUUCAAUCACGGUCAACGUCGAUGCCGGUGGUGACACCAACCCGUUGGAAGCGAUUCAAGAAUAUGUGCGCUAUUUCUUUUCGUGUGAAGAAUGCCGCCAGCACUUUUUGGAGUUUAAUUUCACUCGGGAUGAGGACCCCGUUUUACAGCUUUGGCGAGCCCAUAACAGCGUGAACGCGCGACUUGCGCCAGUUAAGGAGGGGGCCGAUCCGUUCGUGCCCAAGCGGCAGUUCCCAGACGCGGAAAUAUGCGGCAAUUGCCGGAAUUCACUGGGUGCUUUUGACGAGUCUGAGGUGGCAGUGUUUCUCCGUAAAUGGUAUGAGUGGGACCCCAGCUCAAUUUCAACGAGUACUAAUGAGGGCGGCAACUCUUCGUACUUUUUCCGGCCGGGGAGGCCCAUGCCAUUAUACAAGGAUCCAAAGCAGCGGCACAGAGAUGGGGUGCGGUACGACUCCGUUCCGCUCCACGUGUUUCUCACUGUGUUCGUAACUGUUGCUGUUUUAAAUGCCGGUAUUUUUCGCACUCGUCGAAGGAGCGUGAGGUCACUUCUGCACCAGCACUGCCGCCAAAAGAUCUGA